AUGCCUGUAUCCACCAGGCUGAUGCUCCAGGUGUUUUUUGCGCUUCUGUGUAUUUGUGUUGCAGUCGAAUCCAAAAGGAAUUUCAAAUGUCCUUCAGGAUGUGCCUGCUCCAAGGAGACCAUCAUCUGCGUCGGCACUUCACACAUCCCGAGGACUAUACCGAAUGAGAUCAACUCACUGAGUAUGGUCAAUGGAUCUAUCCCUGAACUCACAGAGGGGAUGUUCUCACUGAUGCCUUCUCUUCAGCUCUUACUUCUGAAUUCAAAUUCAUUGUCCACAAUAAAAGAUGAUGCUUUCUCUGGUCUUCCACAUCUGGAGUACUUAUUCAUUGAAGGAAACAAGAUUGAGACAAUCACCAAGAACGCCUUGCGUGGUUUACGGGAUUUGACUCACCUCUCCCUCGCCAAUAACAAGAUGAGUUUUCUGCCAAGAGAUCUUUUUUUUGACUUGGACUCGUUACUGGAACUGGAUCUACGAGGCAACUCUUUCCAGUGCAGUUGUGAGAACAAGUGGCUGAUGAUGUGGCUGAAAAACACAAACGCUACAGUGUCAGAUGUUUUCUGCGAAGCUCCCAGUGACAUGAAGGGCAAGCGGCUCAGUGACCUUCCUAUUCCACCGGGCAAGUGUAUCUCCACAGACUUUGUGCGUCAUCAGUCCAUUCCUAUUCAGUCCAUGUCUGCAGACAUCUUCUCCUUCAAAGAGGACAUCUAUGUGGCAAUGGCAGCCCCAAACACCAACAGCUGUGUGGUCAUGGAGUGGGAUCACGUUGAAAUGAAUUUCAGAAAGUUCGAUAACAUCACAGGGAAGUCUGUUGUUGGAUGCAAGUCAGUCCUGAUCGACAACCAUGUUUUGAUAAUCGUCACCCAGCUCUUUGGUGGCUCCCACAUUUACAAGUUUGAUGAUCAACAAAACAAGUUCACCAAGUUUCAAACUAUUGAAGUCUUCAACAUCUCAAAGCCAAAUGACAUUGAGGUCUUCCAGAUGGACGGUGAUUGGUAUUUUGUGAUUGUGGACAGCUCCAAGGCAGGACUGUCGACUCUGUACAAAUGGAGCGACCAACCAGACCGCAACGAAACUGGCUUUCACUCCUACCAGUUUCUCCAUGAAUGGUUUCGAGACACUGAUGCCGAGUUUGUCCAGGUGGACGGGAAGUCCUACCUCAUCUUAGCCAGUCGAUCUCAGUCACCUGUCAUUUACCUGUGGAACAAAAGCUCCCAGAAGUUCAUACUUCAUGGUGAAGUUCCACAUGUUGAUGAUGUAGUGGCUGUAAAAGCUUUCCGGGAGGAAGGUGAGUUAUAUCUGGCCAUGACCUGCUACAUUGGUGACUCCAAAGUCCUUAAAUGGACCAAUAAGGUGUUCACUGAGGUGCAGGCUCUGCCAUCUCGAGGAGCAAUGAUCCUGCAGCCUUUCUCCUUCAAAGACAGACACUACCUUGCUCUUGGCAGUGAUUACUCUUUCACACAGAUCUACCUCUGGGAUGUAGAGACCAAAACCUUCCACAAGUUCAAGGACAUUUAUGUGCAGUCACCUCGGUCCUUCACAGUAGUGACUAAUGAGCGGAGGAAUUUCAUCUUCUCCUCAAGCUUCAAAGGCAAAUCAAUGGUAUUUGAGCAUAUCAUGGUAGAUUUAAGCUUGUAGUGCCAAGCAUAAUCAUCACUAAUGCACACAAUACACACAAUACUUCUGUGUAUGCUACAAAGUCUCAAAGAGUCUCAAAUGCUGUAUUAUCUUCCUCAUGCAGCUCGAUAUAUCGUUCUUGGUUUGAGACUAACAUUUUUUGGCAGGUUUCUAAAACAGAGGCUAUGUUUGCAAUGUUAACAGCAUGAACAUAACUUUAUGGAAUACUAGAUAUCGCAUUAAGAGGUGCUGGCUUUUAUCGCAAUUCUGUCAAUCAAACAAUGGGUGAGCCAGGCAGUGUCCAUUCUGCUAUAACUGCCUUAGAUUAUAAUCUGGUUCCCCCUCACAAUACUAGUACCCAGAGUGACUCUCAUGUUUAUUAUAAAUAUGAUUACUUAUGGUACACUUGUUAAGUUGUUGCUAAUUUAACAGUUGACCUGAAAUUGUGAAUAUUUGAUCUAUGACAAUGCACCACAUGCAGGACUGAACAAAAGACAGUUUGUGUGACAUUUGUCUAACUCUACCACAGCCACCAGGUCUGUUGCUAUAGAAUGCUUAAUAAUCUGUGAAUUGUCAAGAGCUUUAUUUUACCAAGCAGCCGGUAGAGAUGAUGAAGCCUUCACAGUAACUGCUCUGCCUGCUGACUGAAAUGUGCAUGACACAAAGGUUUUAACAGAAGUACAGCAGAAUUGGUGAAAUAAUCUGACUUUGAGUAGAGGUUCACAAUAUUAGUAACAAGAUACUCCAUGAGCAGCGUGAAAUAUAAUUUACUCCUACGCUAAAUGUAUGAUACCAAGUGUUACUACAAUCAGAAGACUAUUGUAUGACCGUAUGAGUUUAGCAGUGGGAUUGCUGUUCUCUGAAAAACUGAUGCUAAAUUUUGAACUAGGGGUGGAAAGGGAAUCAAGAAAAGAGAUGUAGAAUGCAAGUUUGGAAGCUGGAAGCUGAAAAAGCUGUGUACUGAGACAUGACUAAUAUGGUGUAUUAAGUCUGGAAUACAUAAAUAA